UCCCGUGAAUAUUAUUUUGUCCAUUUGGACCAUACAAUAAAAGUAUCAAAUAAGAAUUCAAAAUCAAAAAGAGAGAGUAAAGAAAUGGAAGUAUUCUAUCUACUUUGUUCCAUACUUUCAACUUCCAUCACUUCCUUCUUCCUCUCUCUUAACCUCCACUUCCAUCUUCUCCUCCGUCGCUUCGGUUUCCAUUUAGAAACCGGACGAGCCGGAGACGGAGAAGGCUCUGUUUCUCUGUAUGAAGGUACUGUAUUUCACGAACGACGUCGUCCCGUUCAUCAUUCGUUCCGGUACCCGGUACGUUAUGCUCUUAUUGACCUUGAUAGUUUGAUUAGCGCUCCAUAUGAUCACCUCUCUGCUCAUCAAGCUCGACAAAUUUCUGGCACUACCGGUCCAGUUUUCUUGUUGACAAUACCGCCCAGUGUGGGAUAUGUGCAAAACCCAUUGAGUUUGUAUUAUUGCUAUGAUACUGAAGGCUCCUCGCAGAAUUUGAAGAAAUGCAUCGCUGAGGUGACUAACACCCCAUGGGGUGAAAGAGUAUCAUUUCUGUUCAACCCAAACUCAGAUGUAGUUGCAAAAUCUCUUCAUGUUAGUCCUUUCAAGGAUAUGCUAGGAAACUGGACCAUGAAAACAAAUACACCUGGGGAUAAUCUAUUUGUAACAAUUUCAGUAAAUCAUCCGAAACAUGGUGAAUAUUUCUCAGCUUCAUUGAUGGCCAAAAGAGUAUCAUCCUCCAUGCAUACUGAUCUAGCUUUAUUCUUCUGGCUAAUGCCUCACAAGGUUGCAUUAUGGAUAUAUUGGCAGGCUCUCAAGCUUUGGUGGAAGGGCGUUCCUUUCUUGCAACAUCCAAGGUACUACAAUCCUAGAUACAGAGAAGACGCCAUACUGUCCGAUGAGAAGCUUCAUUGUUGUCCAGCGUUUGCAUUUGAGAUGCAGAACAAUCAACAGGAUAGAGAGCAUUGUUCCAAUCCUGCCGAUUACUCAACUUCAAGACAUCACGGCUUCACUUGGAGGGAUGCAAAAUGGCCAUGGUGCUAAAAGGAAUGCAGUAAGUUUCUAAGAUAUUAAUAACAUUAAAGUCUCUCUUUCUUCGGGGCAAAACUAUUAUUGUACUAUUUAUGGAAACCUGAUAAGUAAAUUGGGAUUGGACUUAAAGGAGCAGAUCAACUAAAUUUGUGCUGAGAGGUCUGUAUGAACUAUUGAGGCUGCACUUGGUAUGAUGUAAUACUUACAAUUGAAAUGUCACCAUAGCUUUCUUUGACAGUCAAAAAAUUGAAAUGUCAUCAUAAAAAUGUUUUCGAGGGUC